AUGCCUGCACCAAUCAAGACUGCUAUUCUCGGGACGGGCAUCGCCCUCAACCACCUGCACUGGCCGCUCUUAGGAUCUUUGCCUGACAUGUUCGAAGUCACGACUGUGAUGGAGCGCAAAAUGGCAGGUGUUGCAAAGUCAGUGUGUGGUGACAAGAUCGAUGUGGUCGCCACCCUCGAUGAGGUCCUCGCAAACAAGGCCGUAGAGCUCGUUGUGGUCACCACAAGCGACAAAACCCACUUCGACUAUUGCAAGCGUUCAUUACGCGCCGGAAAACAUGUCUUUUCCGAAAAGCCCUUGACAUACUCGUCUGUCGAGUCUGAAGAGUUAGAAAAGCUCGCGCGAGAAGCGGGCAAAAUUCUCGGCGUCUUCCAGUGCCGAAGAUGGGACGGUGAUUAUUUGACAGUCAAGAGGUUGAUCGAGUCCAAUACGCUUGGCCCCAUAUGCUCUUAUGAGGUUUUCUAUGACUUCUACCGGCCGGCGGACGUGGUUCUCGAAGGUGCUAACAACACCACCACUGAAGUCCACUGGAAAGAUGACCCAGCUCAGAACGGAGGUGGCAUCUACGCGACUGGGACUCACAUUAUCGACCAAGUCUGGUGUCUGUUCGGGUUUCCUGAGAAGAUCUUGGGCCGCGUUUGGGGUGUCCGAGGCCAUGGCGUGGAUGACUGCUUCGAUUGCUAUUUCAUGUACCCUGCGCGGCCGGGUUCUAUCGUGCCCCUGUUUGUACGCGCUACCACCAAUUGGAUAUCUCCCCUCGACCCUCAACCCAAAUUCGUAAUCAAGGCGAGCAAAGGUGGCUUUGUGAAGCAUUAUGAAGACGAUCAAUGGUUCGCCCUCGACAGAGGAGAGGUGAAUUCUCCCUCCUAUGGGACGGAGCCCGAGACCAAAUGGGGAACAGCGACAUUGGUGCAGCCAGAUGGCUCAUUUAAGAACGAGAAAAUCCCGACCGAGCGAGGAGACUAUCGCCAAGUGUACCGCGAACUCGCCGAAUCGAUCUGGGCCAAUGACCCGUCCAAGAACACCGUUCAGGUCUCGGUUGUUAUUGAGGUGUUGAAGAUAAUCGAGCUUUCUCUCCGGUCCGCAAAAGAGAACAGAUGGUUGAUUAAGGGUGUUGAUUACUAG